AUGAAUAGAAGCGUUUUGAUCACUUUUAUUUUCGUUGGUCUCAUUAUGAGCUCCGUCUUCGCAAGGAGUGUCUAUGACCAUAAGCAAUCCCAUGUCGCCGUCGUUUCCUCUCUUAACUUCAUUAAGUUAGUUUAAAAGACCAAAGAAACCACCAAGACUGUAUAAGUCCUCCACUUCUACAAAAUGAAUGAUGGACAUUCAACCAGAAUCGCCAAGGAAGUAGACUCACUUGCAAACUAAUACAGGGGUAUAUUUUAAUUCGGAGCUGUCAACUGUGGUGAAGAACCCACUAUUUGCGAAAAGGAAAAGAUUACUUAAUUCCCCACUGUUAGAGUCUAUCCUCCUCUUCCUCUUCCCUCUAUCGACAUUGAAGUUCCUGCUGAUUCUUUAGUUUCUAAUGAUAUUCUCAAGCUUGCUUCAAGAUAUAUCCAUGAUAAUUCUGUUGAAGUUAACACUGCAAAUAUCGACACUUUCAUUGCUGAACAUCCUGCUGUCCCAAAGGUUCUCUUAUUUACUGAUAAGAAAGGAACUCCUCUUAUCUACAAGGGUCUUUCCGUAGCAUUAGAAGGUAAAAUAUUCUUUGGUAUCGUUCGUCACACUGAAGAAGCAUUGAUCAAGAAAUAUCAAGUUAAAAAAUUCCCACACAUCUUAGUCGUUAUUGUUGGAGAAAGAAAGCCUAUUCCCUACACUGGUGAAAUGAAAUAUUAGGAUAUCUUCAAUUUCUUAAAUGUUUAUUCAUAAACUUUCGUCCCAGGUGGUACCCAAGAAUAAUCCGCUACUAAAUCAUGGUUAAAUGAGCUUGUUCCUGAAAUGCACAUUAAAUCUGCUCGUGAUAUCUGUCUUGGACAAGAAGGUAUUCUUUGCGUUCUUUUGUUCCACUCUGGUAAGCCUGAUGUAGCAAUUAUUGACACCUUUAAAACUCUCCACUCCUAAUAUGGUAUUAAGCACGAGAGAGGUUUGCAAUAUAAAUUCAUGUGGAUUGAUGCUGCUCAAGAAUAAAAGUGGGCUCAAUUCUUCAAGUUCGAAGGAAGUCCUAAAGUUGUCUUGAUCAACCCAGGCAAAAGAAAAAGAGUUCUUGAUCACGAAGGUGAAGUAACUAUAGCUGGUUUAAAAUCUACUAUUGAAAAAAUUACAAAUGGUGAUGCAAGAUUUAAAAGACUUGCUGACAGUGACAUCCCUGAAUUCUCGGCUGUCAGAAAGGAUUUGUGA